AAAUUUGUAAAGAUUAAAAAAAUAAAUAUCUGUCAUACCAACUUUUAACUUAACCACAAAAACUUAUGAUUGACGAACAAACAAUAACAGCACAACAUAACAUGCAAUGAAUCAUGAAUCUCGUGUGUUCCAACUUCCAACCAUAAUUCAAAACACGCUUCCUGUUUUCUUGUGGUGUUUAUCAUAGUAUCUACUUUCCUUCACUCCCAAACAUAACAUUUCACUUUCACUUCACUCAAAAACCGCGUUUGUAAUUAUUCCACCUCAAUAUUUCUCUUUUUUUCUUCAACUUUUUACCUAAAAAACGCGUUUCCGUGACCAAAUCACGUUUCUAUAAAUCACACAUCACAAUACCAAACAAACUGAACUCAAAAUCAGAAAGACAUAAACUCUUCUAUUUCUCAGGCCAUGGACCAAGAAGAAGUUCGCAAGAUCUUUAACAAAUUCGACAAAAACGGCGACGGGAAGAUCUCACGCACGGAGCUGAAGGAAAUGAUGACGGCGCUCGGAUCUAAAACAACGACGGAGGAAGUUACUCGUAUGAUGGAGGAGCUUGAUCGGAACGGAGACGGUUACAUUGAUCUAAAGGAAUUCGGGGAGUUACACAACGGCGGUGGUGAUACUAAGGAGCUUAGAGAGGCGUUUGAGAUGUAUGAUUUGGAUAAGAAUGGGUUGAUUUCGGCGAAAGAGCUUCACGCGGUGAUGCGGCGGUUGGGGGAGAAAUGUUCGCUUGGUGAUUGCCGGAAAAUGAUCGGAAACGUUGAUGCUGAUGCUGAUGGGAAUGUGAAUUUUGAAGAGUUUAAGAAGAUGAUGAGUCGCUCCUAAGAUGUAAUGGUGAUUGGCUAAAAUGUAUUUUACCUAUACUUUUUUUACUCAACCCUCUUAAUUUUUAUCUUAUCUUAAUUUAUAUAGUGUAAUAGUUAUCUUAUCCACAAUAGUCCAUAAUCCAUGAAUGUAUUCGAAUUUUAAACUAACGUUUGAUUGUGCAUUUUGUUAAUUAAAACAAUUGUUAAAUUUUUUCGCAAA